UUAUAUAUUUAGAUAUUCUAUUACACUGUGAGGUGCAUUAGCUCGAGAUAGCUUGUAGGAAAACGAACAUGGAAGCGUUAAGCGCCUUGGCAGCACUUCUGGAGUCGGGAUUUAACCUGGCAUUCAUAGGAAUACUGGAAGUACUAAUAAUUCUCCUGCGGUCCGAUAUAGUAGACCAGGGAAAUCGAGUGACACCGGUUGCCCCCAAGGACAUGAGCCCCAGCUACGACUACAUCGUGAUCGGCUGCGGUUCCGCGGGAUCCGUCUUGGCAAACAGAUUGUCAGAAGAUGGAAGUUCGACAGUAUUAGCGCUGGAAGCGGGAGAAGACGAACCGCCGAUUUCGGAUGUUCCAGUUUUGACGCAGACGCUCCAGCUAACGGACUUGGAUUGGUCCUUCAAAACCGAGCAAUCGACGCGCUACUGCCAAGGCAUGAAGGGCCAUCGCUGCAACUGGCCAAGGGGCAAAGUGCUUGGCGGAAGUAGCGUGAUCAACGCCAUGGUCUACGUCCGGGGACAUGCACGAGACUACGAUGAGUGGAGGGAUGCGGGAAAUCCGGGAUGGGGAUAUGACGACGUCCUGCCAUACUUUAAGAUGUCAGAGAACAUCUCGAUCCCCGAACUCGAAAACUCGUCGUACCACGAAAGGGGCGGCUACUUAACUGUAGAGGAUUUUAGAUACCACAAACCCCUGACUAAAUUCUUUCUGCAGGCUGGGAGGGAGCUGGGAUUCAACGUGGUAGACGUCAAUGGCGCCGAUCAGACAGGCUUCACCUUGGCUCCUGGCACUUUAAGGGACGGGCUGAGGUGUAGCACUGCCAAGGCCUACCUUCGCUCGGCCAGCCGACGGCAGAAUCUCCACGUUGGAACGGAAUGCACCGUCGAAAAGAUCCUAAUCAACACUACGACGAAGGUCGCCUAUGCUGUCCAGUUCCGAAGAGGCGGAGAGGUGUACACUGUCCACGCUAGAAAGGAGAUCAUUCUUUCGGCCGGCGCGAUUCAGUCCCCGCAGAUUUUGAUACUCUCCGGUAUCGGGCCGAGGGAACACCUUGACGAGCUUGGAAUUGAGCUUGUUCAUCACAGUCCUGGAGUUGGCAGAAACCUUCAGGACCAUGUCGCGCUCGGUGGACUCACAUACUUGAUAGAUCCGCCUAAUGGAACUUCGAGUAAUGAUUUUGGUGGCAGUAAUACUCUGACGCUGUCCGCGUUGAUGGAUUUCUUAAAGAAUGCAACUGGCCCGAUGUACGACCUUCCUACCAAUGAAGUGCUCGGGUUUGUCAAUACCAAGUUUACCGAUGGUGAUUUGAACUGGCCGGACAUACAGUACCACUUCGCGACGUUGAGCCACAACGGACGAGCAUCGAGCAUUAUUGCUAAACGAAAUAACAAUCUCAGAGAUGAGUUCUUCGACAGUCUAUGGGGCAAUAUUAUCGAUCACCCUGCUUUUGAAAUGCCCCCGACGCUGUUGCGCCCUAGGAGCAGAGGAUACAUUACGCUGAGGGAUGCCGAUCCCUACAGUCCACCGAUCAUAGUGCCGAACUAUUACGACGACCCGCACGAUUUGGACGUUUUGGUACAAGGGGCACUAAUUGCAUACAACUUGAGCCAGACUCCGACGAUGAGAUUGUUAAACACGCGGCUCAACCCAAACCGGAUACCCGAGUGUAGUCAUUUCAGUUUGCCUUCGGAGGAGUAUUUCCGGUGCCACGCCAGGUUCUACUCGUUGACGAUUUUCCACCCAUGUUGUACCUGCAAAAUGGGACCCCCCCGCGAUGCUAUGGCCGUGGUGAACAGUAGGCUCAGAGUUCACGGGGUCAAGCGACUCCGUGUUGUCGAUGCUUCGAUUAUGCCAAAUCUCCCAUCGGGCAAUAUUAAUUCACCUGUCAUUAUGAUCGCUGAAAAAGCUGCACACAUGAUCAAGGAAGACUGGAGCUCCUCAUAAUGUCGAAUCCGUAGUGGGUUGAACAUCAAUAGUUUUUGAUAUUUGUUUACGAGAAUAGUCGUA